AUGGACACGGCCUUUAAGACAUGGGAGCUGGACAACAACAUCAAACUGGUCGAUCCAGAACGAGAUGCCCUCUACACGUACGAUGUUGCAGAACAGAAGGCCGUGAAUGAUGGGAAGCCAUGGAAAGGCGAACCCCACUACUUCAAGAAUGUCCGGAUCUCAGCCGUGGCACUCCUGAAGAUGGUCAUGCAUGCACGGUCCGGAGGUUCCCUAGAAAUCAUGGGCUUGAUGCAAGGCAAGAUCUCGGGGGACACAUUUAUCGUCACGGAUGCCUUCCGAUUGCCGGUCGAGGGGACAGAGACCCGAGUCAAUGCUCAAGACGAGGCAAACGAAUAUAUGGUGGCCUACCUUCAGGCUUGCCGUGACCAGGGCAAACUAGAGAACGCCGUGGGAUGGUACCACAGCCAUCCAGGCUACGGCUGCUGGCUCAGCGGUAUCGAUGUUAGCACCCAGGCAACACAGCAGACAUUCAGCGAUCCCUUCCUAGCUGUGGUUAUUGACCCCGAUCGCACCAUCUCAGCCGGCAAAGUUGAGAUCGGUGCCUUCAGAACAUACCCCGAGGAUUACAAGCCAGCAAACUCCGGCGCAGACGAUGGAUAUCAGACCAUUCCUCUUGCUAAGAUAGAGGAUUUCGGUGCCCACAGCAGCCGAUACUAUUCGCUAGAGGUCUCCCACUUCAAGAGCUCGCUCGAUACACAUCUGUUGGAGCUCCUAUGGAAUAAAUACUGGGUCCAAACUCUUAGCCAAAGCCCGCUAUUCACCAAUCGGGAAUAUAGUAGCAAGCAAAUGCUUGAUUUAAGCUCCAAGAUACGUGAAGCUGCAAGCUCGGUCGCACGUGCUGGCAGAACCCCAGUAGGGACGCAUGUAAAUAAAGCGGUUGAUGAGAAGAUGGACAAAGCGGUGAGAGAUGGUAAUAAGAUUGCAGGAGAGGAACUGACUGGUUUGAUGGCUGGAGAGAUUAAGGCGAAGCUUUUCAAUGGGCUUGGAGAAGCAGGGCAGAAACAAGAUCCUCCGGCUGCAGUCUCAACAGAGACAUGA